UGUUGGUAGACCUGCGUGCGGCUAGCAGCUAGCUAGCUACGCAGUAGCAAUUCGGUGUCGGGCAGCAAGUCUAAACAGUGGACCAAUGCCUUAGCUAACUAUUCUACUUUGCCUUCCCUCGAAACACGAAUGCUGUUCAUUCGUGUAGGUGGACGUUGUUCUUCAUCAGCAAAAUAAAUCGCCGAUUAUAGAUUUACAUUUUUUUUAUGUCCGUUUAGGCCAAAGCUAGCUAAGUGGCUAACAUUAGCAGCUCCCAAAGAUGAAGAAAGCAGAAAGUGGGCCGGAUCAGGACGCUACAGAACAUCUUGUUGUGUAACGACACCCUUCCCUCCCCCACCCUUCCAGCUUAGAAGUGGUCAACGACCCUUACCACUGAUCAUGGCGUCCUCUCCCAGAAACUCGGUGCAUAUCCUGUCCAGGCGGGAGCGCGGCUGGCAGACGUGCGGCUCGCAGCGCCUCCUCCAGCUGCUCGUGGAGGAGAAAGUGCGCUCGAUGAAGUGGCAGAGUCAGAAAGUGGAGCUGCCCGACAGCCCGAGAUCCACAUUCCUGUUGGCCUUCAGCCCUGACCGGACCCUCAUGGCCUCCACGCACGUCAACCACAACAUUUACAUCACGGAAGUCAAGACCGGAAAGUGCCUCCAUUCUCUAGUGGGCCACCGUAGAACUCCCUGGUGCGUGACCUUUCACCCCACCAUUCCCGGCUUGGUGGCCUCCGGGUGCCUUGAUGGUGAAGUUCGCAUCUGGGACUUGCAUGGCGGUAGCGAGAGUUGGUACACUGACAGCAACGUGGCCAUCGCCUCGCUGGCCUUCCACCCGACUGCUCAGCUUCUCCUCAUCGCUACCAACAACGAGCUACACUUCUGGGACUGGAGCCGACCGGAACCGUUUGCUGCCGUCAAGACUGGCAGCGACGCCGAGCGAGUGAGGUUGGUAAGGUUUGAUCCGCUAGGUCACAACCUGUUGACGGCCAUCGUAAAUCCGUCCAAUCAGCAGAACGAGGACGAAGCCGACGUUCCCAUGGACAGUGUGGAGAUGCCCCACUUCCGCCAGCGCUCCUUUUUGCCUCAACCGGUUCGCCGCACUCCCAUCCUCCACAACUUUCUGCACAUACUCUCGUCCCGCUCCCCGGGGACACAGGGUACGGGGGAGCCGCCCCGGCCACUUAGUGACAAUGUGGCUCAUUCGGAGGACUCCCCUGGCACCCCCUUGGCCCCGUUCCCCAACACGGAGCGUGGGCCGUCCUUCCUCGGCUGCACUCGCUUCCUUGGAAUGGUAUGCAUGUGCAGUCACUGCUCAACCAAUCGCGGCCCCUCGCUGAUGAGCACUGCCUCCACUGGGGCGUCACCAUCCGACCCCUCCCACCCUCCCACUUCUUCGUCUUUUUCGUCGGCUCGCACCGAACCCAGGCAGCCAUCAGAACGCCCCUCAGCCUUUACUUCUGUUUACUACAGUGCCGCCACUUCUCUCAACGCUCCGCCUCCUGGUGGCGUGGAGCCAAACUCCACCCCCAGAGCAGGACCAGACUGGACUCAUGACUUUUUAAGCUUGAGGGACAGUGGAGUCGGCCCAGGGAUGCUACCCCCCAGAACCUCCUCCUCUUCCUCGGUCAGCCUCCUGUCGGUGCUGCGUCGGCAGGAUGGCUCCUCCCACUCCCCGGUGUACACCUCUGCUAGCGAUGGGAGGGGCUUCCCCCAACAGGGAGACGCAGGUUCUCGAGACGGAGCCAAUACCAGCAGUGGUCACCACCCAUUCUGGGACGGCGCCCGCAGCAACCCCGCCUCUUUCCGGAACGUGUUGCGAUGCAACCUGAGCCGCUACUUCCUGGAGUUUGAUCGCAUGCACGACCUGGAGCCGCCAAUGGGGGGCGGGGUCGGCAUGGUUGAGGGAAACCAAGAACAGAGCCAAGAGUUGCUGAACAACAAUGUGGACUCAGAACCAGCCAGACCCUCGUCCUCCACCUCCUCAUCCUCCCCAACGAUCAUCCAUUACCAGCCUCCUCUCCCUCCUCCUCCCUCUACACCCCACCCUCCGGAGAACAACGCCACUCCCCCCAGCUCUCACGGCCACCUGAACCGCUGCCGGGCUUGUCACAACCUGCUGACCUUUAACCACGACUCUCAGCGUUGGGAGCGCACUAACCAGACCUCCUCCACUUCCUCCUCCAAUGUCCAGCCCUCCUCCUCUCCCUCCUCUUCCUCCCUUUCUCCUUCUUCUCCCGCCUGGCAACAAGACCCCGGCAGAAACGCGUUGGAUGGCCAAAUGCAGGCCAUGAGGGGGCCUCUGGAGAGCGGACAGCGCCCUCUACCUGCAGGGGGAGGAGUAUCGGCUGUGGCCUUCCCACUAGGCUCGUCCUCUGGUCAGCCCACCGAGCAGACCGUUGGUCUGAUGUACAACCAGGAUACAGCCCAGUGGGAGAGGGUUUAUCGACAGGCUGCUCCAGCCCGACCCCCUGAGCCUCCAGAGGCCUUAAACCAAGAAAUGCCUGUGGACCCCCCAGACGAAGACUCCCUCAGGAGGAGACUUUUAGAAUCUUCUCUAAUGUCUCGCUAUGACAUGACGAGCUCUAGAGACCACCCGAUCUACCCUGACCCGGCCAGGUGUGCAAACAACUCACAUGAAGCUCUUUCCAAUUUUUUAGCCAGGCAUGGUAACUCUCACGCUAGCACACAUGUUGAAGCAGCGUUGUCCUCUGUGCUGUACAGACUCUCCCCCGCAGCGUACUAUGCCCAGAGAAUGAUCCAGUAUUUGUCCAGGCGAGACAGCAUUCGCCAGCGCUCUCCCCGCUACCAACAGAACCGCCUGCGGGCCAUGUCUUCAUCUUCUGAUGGGCCAGCGAGUAAUGCGUCUAACUCUAUAGACAACAGUGACGUGGACUUUGACGAGUUGGACGAUAACAGCGAGCGAGCACGGCACAGGACUCCCCGAAAUGCCAGAAUGUCGGCGCCAUCAUUGGGUCGCUUCGUUCCAAGGCGCUUUCUUCUUCCUGAGUACUUGCCCUAUGCCGGAAUCUUCAAUGAGCGAGGCCAGCCGGGCCUGGCCACGCACUCGUCAGUCAACAGAGUGUUGGCCGGUGCGUCCAUCGGCGACGGGCAGUCUGCAGUGGCCAGCAACAUUGCCAACACUACCUACCGCCUGCAGUGGUGGGACUUCACCAAGUUUGACCUGCCAGAGAUUAGCAACGCGUCCGUCAACGUCCUGGUGCCAAACUGCAAGAUCUACAACGAUGCUAGUUGCGACAUAUCCGCCGAUGGCCAGCUGCUGGCUGUUUUUAUCCCCAGUAGUCAGCGGGGUUUUCCGGACGAGGGCAUCCUGGCCAUCUACUCUCUGGCCCCCCACAACUUGGGAGAGAUGCUCUACACCAAAAGAUUUGGUCCUAAUGCCAUUUCGGUUAGCUUGUCGCCGCUGGGCUGUUACGUGAUGGUGGGCUUGGCCUCUCGCAGGAUCCUGCUGCAUCCCACCACCGACCACAUGGUGGCGCAAGUCUUCCGUCUGCAGCAGCCCCAUGGAGGAGAGACGUCCAUCAGGAUGGUCUUCAACGUGGUUUACCCCAUGGCUCCAGACCAACGGCGCCAUGUCAGCAUCAAUUCUGCUCGCUGGCUUCCUGACCCCGGUAUGGGUCUGGCUUACGGAACCAACAAGGGGGACCUGGUCAUCUGCAGGCCUGUAUUCUACCGCACUGACGGUGAGAGUCCUGCUGAGUCCAGCACAGAACCUUUGUUCUCUGUCAACAAUGGUGGUGGCAGCAGCCGGACCCGCGGUUCUGAUCGACCCGGACCCAGUCGGACAGGAUGGAGACUUGACCGGGACAUGGGGUUAAUGAACGCCAUAGGUCUUCAGCCCAGAAACCCAGCCCCUUCUGUGACAUCACAAGGAACACAGACACCAGUUGUCCAGUUGCAGAACGCUGAGACUCAAACAGAGAUUGCUGAACCCAGACCCCAGCAGCCACAACCCGUCCUGCCUCCACCAGGUGCUCAAGCAGCGGAGGGCCAUACUGAGUCUCAGAACAUGCAAGGUCCGGACAGCGGUCAUGUUGAAGCAUCAGCAGAAGUCCCAGUGAGCCCAGGCGAGCUUCCAGAGGGGGGAAGUUCGAGUGAAGACGCGUUGGCUCGAAUCCGCCGGCUGAUUGCAGAGGGCGGUAUGACUGCGGUGGUGCAGCGGGAACAGAGCACCACAAUGGCGUCCAUGGGCGGUUUCGGGAACAACAUCAUCGUCAGUCAUCGUAUCCACCGCGGGUCGCAGACCAGCACGAGGACCGGCAGACCCGCUGCCAACCCCCCCUCCUCGUCUUCCUCCCUAGGGUCAGUCCUCGUGAACCACCCCCAGACGGUUCUCCCCUCAGUCCCCGUGUGGGGUCCCCAGCUCUCCUCCAGCCUCAACCUGCCCGACGACGCGGAUGACGUUUUUGACGGCGGGAGAGCUGUCGAUGACUCUUUACCAGGACCCUCCUCUUCCUCCCCACUCAUGUCUUCUCCCUCCCCUCAUAGCAAUGGCAACAGUUACCACGGCGAUCCCUACAGCAGGUAGUCAUUCCAUUGGAUAAGAAGAGAUGUGAGUGAACGGUGCUGCUCGGACUUCAGCGGCGUCCGCGUCGGACUGAAGUGCCAACAUUCCUCGCCGCAAAAGGGCUCCCGCUUGAACGAGUGCCGACUUGGACCCCUCCUGUCAUAAAGUGCCACGUCGCCAGCGGUUUGGUGUCAUGUGACCUUGCCGCCGUGUGACGUGAAUCAGCACUUGUGAGUGUGUGUGUGUCUGUUUUUGUACCAUGUGACCUUUGAUACCUGCGAGAGGAGGCGGGACUCCACCGCUGUCAAUCAUUCGUGACGACUGAAGCUCCUCCUAAUGCUGCAGUUCAUCAAACUGAACACCCCUCCCCCGCAUCCUGUGUGUGUGCGUUUGCGCAGCUGCUUGUUGACUUAAUUUAUUUGUGCAAAUGAAGACAAAAAUAGAUCCCGUGACGUCUUUAUUGCUACUUUUUAUUUGGAGUGCUUGUACCGUGGAAACAUUCCUGGUGCUGGGAAUGUUCUGAUUGGUUACGUCAUUUAAGCAGUUCAAAACCAAUUAGCUGAAAGAUGUGUGUGUACGACCCACCCCUUAUCUCCCCCACUGGACUCCUUCAAAAUAAAACUUGAACUGAUUCAUGGUGA